AUGGUGACCUGUGUGUAUAUUGCAUCUUCCUCUGGCUCUCUGGCGAUUAAGAAGAAACAGCAAGAUGUGCUUGGUUUCUUAGAAGCUAACAAAAUAGGAUUUGAAGAAGAAGAUAUUGCAGUCAAUGAAGAAAAUCAGAAGUGGAUGAGAGAAAAUGUACCUGAAAACAGUCAACCAGCCACAGGGUACCCCCUGCCACCUCAGGUUUUCACUGAAACCCAGUACCGUGGGGACUAUGAGGACUUCUUUGAAGCCAGAGAAAACAGUGCAGUGUAUUCCUUUUUAGGCUUGACAGGCCCACCUGGUUCAAAGGAAACAGAAGCUCAGACAAAGCAGCAUGAAGCUUAA